AUGUACUUUGUGUCAAAGAUAGCUUCAUUGAAAGCACCUGGAGCGGAUAGGUCUGGAACAUUAGCAAUCUCUACUGGUAAUUCUUGGUUAUCUGAGGUGUGCAGUAGCGGUUGCAAACCUGGUUUGACAGAACAAAAUUCCCCUACUCUGGACUGUGGACUACACAGCGUACUCUACCUCUACAUCCAGCCUCGAGGGCACCUAACAGCCAGUGAGACCUGGGGAGGAGGGAGGGGGGGGGGGUCGAGAAGGAGAUGUUGUCUGUUCUUCCUACACUAUCUCAUCAGACUUUUCCAAAGGAAGCAAGUAAAGAACGAAGGCGAUUUUAAAAUAAGAAGCUUAUUCGUUUGGAUGGCGCGACGGGGUUCAUCGGCUUCUAAACGCCCCAAACUUCCGGCCCCCGGUAAUCUACGAGAUUCUACGUUUCUGAAACACGGUUAA